CCAUUUAUCUAUGGAUCUAAAUGAACCAGAUACAGUAGAAGACCUGAAGAGUCAAUAUCUUUAUAAGCUCAUGAUUUUAGAUUACAAUGUCAGAUAUCUCUCUUUUAAACCAGUAGCACCUGAUCCACCUCUAGAAGAUGAUGGUACAACAUUUGAUGAUUUUGAUUUUUUUAAUACAAAUGAGGAACCAACCAGUGGAGCAGAACUGGCAGGCACAGAGUCGCACAUCCAUCCCAUGGAUAUCCACAUGGCGGUCUUCCACUGUGCCAAUGACUUUCUAAGACAGUACAUGUACACAAAACUCUCUGCCUGCCAGUUUGCACUACCUUUCUUAGUCCCCAACCCAGGUACAGAAGACCUGGAAUUCCCUCUUUGGCCUCUACGGCACAUCAAAAAAUCAUGGCAAAGUAUGACAAGCGCAGACAACCCUGGAAAAUACCAAACCAGGCAAAUGUUUAGCACACCGGUGCCAGUUGUCUCCUUUUUAAGGCUGGGAACCUCUUUCACCUCCAAAUCUCAAAUUCUGAAUUCUGUCAUUAGCAGACAGAGACACAAUGUGUUCUUCAAUCGGCACUGUAAAGGCAGUGCUCCAAACAGCAUGCUUAUGAAUGGGGUUGUCGAGAUCGCCUGGUACUGUCCAGGAGGAAAGAAAGAUGACAUAUUUGAUGACUGUGUUGCGUUUCUAAACCUUCAUGGUGACGCAAAAGACCAUCGACAGCAACUUCAAUUUCUGCAGGCAGUGAGUACGGUGAAUGUGCUUCUACUGUCAGAACAGCCACAGGAUGAAGAAACAAAAACAAUUUGUCAAAAUCUCUCUAAGUCUUCUACCCCAUUGAUCUGCCUAUUUUCUGGAAGUGAAAGGGUUCAGGGUUCAAAAAAUCCACUCAAAGUGAGACUAGCUGCCAAGAACAGGAAUGAAGCAGAGUUAACAGAGGAACUCAUAACCAAUAUCAAGCAAUGCAUUGGAAAAUAUAACAAGAAACAGAGAAUUGAAAACUGUUCUAAUGAAGCAAGAAAACUAAAGUUCAAACUGGACCCGGACGCGGCGGCUCGGGACAAGGAACUCUAUGCCGCAGAGCUGAUGAGAGCUGAACAGCACAAGUUCCGCAUUAAGGAGGCUACUAGGAGACUGGCGGGAAGCUUGGGCUUGCGGGACCAGAGGCAUCAGCGGGCUGCUGUGUGGCUGAACCUGGCAGCGCAUGUGCAGCGGAUCACCCUGCCCGCAUGA